UGUAUAUAUAUAUAUAUAUAUAUGUCAAUUUUGAAUUUUGAAUGACACAUGAGUGAAUCAAACAGCCGAACUACUGUUAUCUAGCCAUCAACAUAUAGUAAUAUUUAUAUAUAUGUUUAAGCCUUGAAAGUACUAUGGUUGGAAGGCAUUGCAAUUAAGAUCAAUAUCUCUUUCGGUGGUUCAAAGAGUCGCAUGGAUACAACAACUUGGCAUCCUGAUCUUCUUCUUCUCUUUCUUCUGCUGUUGGGUGUCUCAGUUUUCAAUAUAGUUGCAUUGCAGCUGAAUAUCAUCAAGACCCUACCGGGCUUUCCUGGAGACUUACCCUUCAAACUUGAAACUGGGUAUGUGGGGGUGGAUGAGUUAGAGAAGAUACAGCUAUUCUAUUACUUCAUUGAAUCGGAGACAAGUCCAGAAAAUGAUCCUCUGGUGCUCUGGCACACCGGAGGCCCUGGUUGUUCUGUCCUUACCGCUCUCCUCUAUGAAAUAGGUCCAUUGUCAAUCGACUAUGAAAAAUCCAGUUGGAAUUCGACAACUUUGAAAUUGAAUCCAUACUCAUGGACCAAGGUUGCCAACAUAAUAUUUAUAGAUGCUCCUGUGGGAACAGGAUUUUCAUAUGCGACGAGUUGGGAAGCAUACAACAACUCCGAUACUAUAUCAGCAGCAACAAACUAUAAUUUUCUUAGAAAGUGGUUUAAGACUCAUCCCGAGUUCCUCAAAAAUCCACUUUACAUUGGUGGUGAUUCAUACUCAGGCAUUAUUGUCCCAAUCGUUGUUCAUGAGAUAACUAAUGGAAAUGAAGUUGGAGUUAAGCCAGCAAUGAACCUGAAGGGAUAUAUACUUGGAAAUCCAUUGACAAGCGAACAUGAUGAUGCUAAUUCAAGAGUUGAAUUUAGUCAUCGAAGAGCGCUUAUAUCAGAUAGACUUUAUCAGUCAAUUAAAACCAAUUGCAAAGGGGAAUAUGUGAAGAGAGAUCCAAGCAAUGUAUUAUGUGCAAACGAUUACGAAGAUUUAUGUAAGUGUCUCGAAAAUUUGAAGGCUGUAAAUAUUUUAGAAAACAUAUGUACGAGUUUGUCAUCCUCAAAUCCCACAGAACUUAUGCAGUGGGAUCUGAGUUCUCAAACAGAGGACUCUCUCAAUUUCUUGCGUUUAGUUUCUCGUCCUCCUUAUCGACCACAAAAUUGUCGUGAAGAUAACUAUGUUUAUGGUUAUAAUUGGGCUAAUGAUCAAACUGUCCAAAAUGCUCUUCUAAUUCGCAAGGGAACCGUUAAGGAGUGGUUGAGAUGCAAUGGCACAUUGAAGAGAAUUUCAUAUGCGAUGGAAACUCCAAGCGCUUUUCCUUAUCAUCGUAGUUAUGUCGACAAAGGCUAUCAAGUAAUAGUUUACAGUGGAGAUCAAGACUUGGUAGUACCAUAUUUGAGUUCACAAGCAUGGAUAGAAGCUCUGAACGUGACUAUUGUCAAUGAUUGGAGACCAUGGUUUGUCGAUCGGCAAGUUGCAGGAUACACAGUACAGUAUGCAAAUAAAAAGCACCAUGUGACAUUUGCAACAGUAAAGGGUGCGGGCCACACAGCUCCAGAGUACAAUCCCAAGGAAUGCUUUGCUAUGAUUGAUAGAUGGUUUGCUAAAUAUCCUAUAUAAUCAGGGUCCAAUAUUUAUAGGAUGUUUCUCUUGUAAUUGUCGAUUAAAUUAUAAAAAAAUGAAAUUUGUUUGUGCUAAAUUUGAGUGUAUGUUAAAUUAUAAAAAAGUGAAAUUUGUCUGUGUUGAACUAGAGUUUAUGUAUUCCAGUUUCUAGCAAAUCAUUCCGAGAGUAAAUAUGUUCCAGUAAUUAUAUAUAGUUCAUUGUAGCUGCGAUUACGUUCUGUUAAUUUGUUUA